GUGGCGAGGCUGCUGCUGGCGGGGCGGCCAGCUCUGGGCGUUGGCGUGUCUUUCACCGCUCGAGGAGGCUGGAGGCGUUUGCACGGGACCCGAGAGCUACUGGGUACACCUGGUAUUAAAGUUGUCAUGCCUGCACUUUCUCCUACAAUGGAAGAAGGAAACAUUGUGAAAUGGUUAAAAAAGGAAGGUGAAACAGUGAAUGCUGGAGAUGCAUUGUGUGAAAUUGAAACGGACAAAGCGGUGAUUACCAUGGAAUCAAGUGAUGAUGGCAUAUUGGCUAAAAUACUGGUGGAAGAAGGAAGCAAAAAUGUACGCUUGGGCUCACUAAUCUGUCUGCUGGUAGAGGAAGGACAGGACUGGAAGCAAGUUGAAAUACCAGCUGAUGGUAGUGAUCCAUCUUCUCUGGCUCCAUCAGCACCUGUGCUUACCACAACUCCUGCAGAUCCUUCAGUUUCAGCCCCUCCUAAACUGGAACAUCAACCUGGAAAAUUGCAGGUUCGCUUAAGUCCUGCAGCUCGCAACAUUCUGGAGACACAUGGACUAGAUCCAAGCAAUAUUACACCUUCUGGGCCUCGAGGAGUCUUCACUAAAGAGGAUGCUCUCAAACUUCUGCAAGAGAAGCAGAAGGGCAAACCCAGUGAAUUGAAACCUGUGGUUUCUCCAGCUCCUCCCCAGCCUACUACAGUGCCUUCUGCUUUGCAAGCAACCGCUGUGACUUCAGCUUAUCCAAGGCCAGCAGUUCCACCAGUUUCCACACCAGGACAACCUGCUGCACUGGGCACAUUCAUAGAAAUCCCAGCUAGCAACAUCCGAAGAGUUAUUGCUAAGAGAUUAACAGAGUCUAAAACUACUGUACCUCAUGCGUAUGCUGCUGCUGACUGUGACAUUGAUGCUAUUUUGAAAUUAAGAAAAGAAUUGGCCAAAGAUGACAUUAAAGUAUCUGUAAAUGAUUUUAUUAUCAAGGCAACUGCAGUUACUCUGAAGCAAAUGCCAGAUGUGAAUGUAACCUGGGAUGGAGAAGUCUGCAGGCAGCUGCAGUCCAUUGACAUUUCUAUUGCUGUGGCAACAGACCGAGGUCUUAUUACACCAAUCAUAAAAGAUGUUGCUGCCAAGGGAAUAAAAGAAAUUGCUGCCUCUGCAAAAGCUCUAGCAAAGAAAGCAAGAGAUGGAAAACUGUUACCAGAAGAGUACCAGGGAGGAUCUUUUAGUAUCUCCAAUCUGGGCAUGUUUGGCAUCAAUGAUUUCACUGCAGUCAUAAACCCUCCACAGGCCUGCAUCCUAGCUGUGGGCCGAGCAAGACCAGAGCUCAAGAUUGUGGAAGAUGAAGAAGGGAAUGAGAAACUUAAGCAGCAUCAACUCAUGACAGUGACUCUUUCAAGUGAUGGUCGGGUGGUAGAUGAUGAACUGGCUUCAAAGUUUCUGGAGACCUUGAAAGCCAACAUAGAGAAUCCAAUGCGACUUGCCUUGUGUUAAACUCAAUGAAGAUUGCUUCUUGUUUUGACAACAUAGAUAACUGUUAUGUACUUGGGGUUGUUUUUCUGUAUAGAGGAGUAAAUAGUUACUGUGA